UUUCAUUAAUCUUAUUACCUCUGCUGUUUGCAAUUCUUGAAGUAAAAACAAGAAAAGGAGUGACACUAGGGUAGAAAAAGAUUUGACGAACAAUUGAUGUACGAUUUAUGGAUCGUUCGUAUGGAGUGUAGAUUGGCUUUGAAGUUCGUUGGUUUUUUUGUCGUGACACGAUGAGGGAUAGGACUUUCGAUUGAGAGAAAUUAAAGGGAAUUUCGAAGAUUGUGAAACAUGGUGGACAAACUGCACGAAUAUGAGGGUUUUGCUGGAAGGGUGCACGGUGUCAGGGAUAAGUUUAAGGAGAAAUGGGAGACAUGGAAGGAGUGGAAGAAUGGAAUACCGAUGGAUCAAGGGAUCGAGGGGUUCCUGAAUCAUCUUCGGGGACCGCCGAAGUUGGAGAGGACUUUGGACGAUUAUGCGCAUAUUUACAGAAAAAAGACACGAGGAGAAUUAGUACGCGUGUCUGCAGCCGUAAUGGGGAUCGAAUUUUCAUAUGCAGCAGAAACCGCGUUCGUUUCACCAACAUUAUUAAAAAUCGGAGUGGAUCACCAGCACAUGACUCUCGUUUGGGCGCUCAGCCCCCUUAUUGGGUUCUUUGUCACGCCAAUCUUGGGAAGCUUGAGCGAUAGGUGCAGACUGAAGUAUGGAAGAAGAAGACCCUUCAUUCUUUUAUUAGCCAUUGGAGUGUUGAUAGGAUUAAUACUGGUACCAAACGGUGAGGACAUGGGUUACUCGUUCGGCGACACACCACCGGCACCAAGGAGCAACUAUACAGUUCCUUUAGGACAUCGAACCACGGCGAAACAAGCAAGAGAGGAUACAGUUAAACCUCCAUCUCAUUCUUGGGGAAUUUUCUUCACAAUUCUAGGCACAGUUUUGCUCGAUUUCGACGCAGAUGCUUGCCAGAGUCCAGCCAGAGCUUAUUUACUCGACGUCACAACACCUGAUGACCAUGCUAAAGGCUUAAGUACGUUCACCAUAAUGGCGGGCUUAGGAGGUUUCAUGGGAUAUGGUCUAGGUGGCAUUAAUUGGGACGCCACUGCCAUAGGAGUUAUGCUAGGUGGACACCUUCAUGCUACUUUCACCUUGAUUACCAUUAUUUUUGUUAUCUGCGUUUCUUGCACCAUCACCAGUUUUAAAGAAAUUCCGUUAGAAUUGUUGGAAAGAGAUGAAUAUCAACAGUUACAUGAACAAAAGAUUACUAGCGAAGAGAAAGAAGAGGAACAGACAGAGCAUGAGAAAAUUACUACCGAUGAGUGCACGACUUAUGGCACUUUGGAUAACGAUCAAGAAAUUGCUAUCAAAAAGGAUGAAUUUGUCCUGAAGCCUCUUCCAGUACAAGAACCAGAGAAAAGGGCUGGCCAAGUGCCUGUGAUUCCAGAUGUAGCCACACAGGAUGGUGAUUGCAUGAAACAUGAUUUCGAUGAGAAUGCAGAAGGAAAUCCAAAAGCUACGCUCAGAGAAUAUCUCCUUUCUAUCGUAUAUAUGCCACACAGUCUUCGUAUGGUGUGCCUAACUAAUUUAUUCUGUUGGAUGGCACAUGUCUGUUACUCCUUGUACUUCACAGACUUUGUUGGAGAGGCUGUUUAUGGUGGUGAUCCACAGGCUCCAGAGGGUACCAAGGAAAGAGAAUUGUACGAAAGUGGUGUUCGUUUUGGAUGCUGGGGAAUGUCUAUGUAUUCAUUGUCCUGUUCAUGUUAUUCACUGAUCAUUGAGAAGCUUAUAUGAAUUUUUUACAUAAAUCAAGCCAGGAGGGUGUACAUCUGCGGCUUGUUAUUCUACAGUACUGGCAUGAUGAUGAUGGCGUUGACGAAGCAUCCCGUGGGGGUGAUCGUAUUCUCCUGGACCGCAGGUGUCAUGUACUCCACGUUAUUCACGAUGCCGUAUCUUCUAGUUGCACACUAUCAUGCCUCAUCAACGUUCGAGGUGACAGCCGAGGGUGAAGCCGUUCAAAGCGGAGGCGUGCGUGGUCUUGGCACUGACGUCGCGAUCGUCUCAUCUAUGGUGUUCCUGGCACAGUUCGUGCUCUCCUGCUGUUUGGGAACGAUCGUCAGUAAAUCUGGGACCACCACAGCGGUGGUCUGCGUGGCAAGCACCCUCGCCGCCUGCGGAGCCAUUUCUGCAACGCAGAUCAUGUAUCUAGACCUUUGA